AUGUUAAACAAAAGUCGUACCUUGGAGAUGUUGCCAUAUCCAAAGGCGCUCGACUAUUGCGAAGAAGAUAUGAUGAGGUAUUUUUACAAUCUGAGAGACUGCACCGACAAAAAGGCUUGUCAUAACUUUUGGAAACACAUCUGGCGAAAACACGGCCGGCACUCGACUUUCGAGCCAAAGGAGUUCUUGGAACUGAACACAGUACUGGCGGGAACGAUGCUCGUGAACCAUCCAGAGUUGGGUAUCUCGAUGGACGUACCCUUGACGUUCCACGACCUGCAUCAGGCCCUUAAGAUCCCAUUAGAAAACUGGGAGAUGGGUAAUGUGUUCAAGGGAAGCCACUCCAAUGUCGAGGUACAUUGCAACGUCGACAAGGCGAAUAAGCAAACACAGAUAAAAGAAAUGCGGGCGUGGCUGGAUGCGGACUUGGAGAAGACGAUCAAUGCUCCUAAGAGUUCCAAAAUGUCCGGGUACAAGAUGAAAUCGAAGGGCAGACAGCCAUGGAGUGCAGUGCUGCCAUCCCAGUAUCCCCCGCGUAUCUCUGACUCCAUACAUGGCGAGCCAACAUCCUCAUUGACAACCUCCGAUCGGGCAACUAUUUCUGGAUUGACUGAUGUCCAAUUGGAGUCUAUUGUACACCUCGUCACUUCCGCCCGCAAUAAUGCUCCUUUUGUCCGGAUAUUCCAUCCCGGUCUCUGCAGUUACCUAAUGGCACGCUCACCACUGCGUCUAAAGUUGGAGCUGUUCAUCUCGUCUUCAGUGCAGCUUGAUAUCUUUAUCUCGGUUGUUGGAACAAUCUGGCUGUGUUGUGCUAUUCAAGACCUCACUUCGAGGAGAAUGAUUGGAGCGGGUGAGCAGUUGGGGGGACUCUAUUUUUUCCAAGGGGCGAUCACUGCAAAUGCUCCUCGGGUGUCUUCGGUUAUGCAGCACUUGUGGCACCAGCGAAUGGGUCAUCCAUCUUCUACUGUGCUUGGUCAAUUGCCUUUUGUCGAGUCUUCCUCCUUGUCCCAUUUAUCGAUUGAGUUCUGGGGACACUGUGUACUUGCUGCUGGCUAUUUGAUUAAUCGAACGCCUACUCUUCUUUUAUCCGGCAAGACUCCCUAUGAACUUUUGUAUGGAAAACCUCCCAACUAUGCGCAUUUACGAGUUUUUGGUUGUCUGUGUUACGUGCACAAUCAGAACAGGGAUUGUGACAAGUUUGGAAGUCGGAGUCGCCGGUGUGUUUUUGUUGGCUAUUCAUCUGGCCAAAAGGGGUGGUGUGUUUAUGAUUUGGACAGCCGCACUUUUCUGGUCUCACGUGAUGUAAAAUUCUGUGAAUCCGAGUUCCCUUAUUUGACGUCUCCUGCUCUUGAUACUGCCUCCGUACCCGUGGUUCCAUGGCCUGCUAUUUCUGACGACGAUGAUGAUGUGGUGGUUCCCACUACAACGCGUACUGCUGCCACUGGGGGUUCUGAGGUCAUUGUCGAUAGGGGGGUAAUCCUUCCCAAGAGGAAGUGUUGGGUCGUGGUCAUCGUCUCAAGAGACCAUCUUCUCGUCUUGCCGACUUUGUCUCUCAUACUAUUUGUUCCUCGUCCCCCCACUCUGCCUCCCCCAUCGCGUCAUCAUCUAGUACUCCUUACCUUCUCGCACACUAUUGAAGACGGUCAUUAUUUUUCGACCUUCACCGGACCUCUGAGAAGUAGAAAGAAAAAUGAGGACGGUCAUUGUUUUUCGACUAUCUCCACCACAAAUGGCGGCUUGUGCUUCUCACGUGAAAAAAGAUUGUGCUUGCAACAUAUAGAAGCAAAAAUCGAGGCGGAGUACCCCGUGAACAUUAUCGGGUCCUGUGAUGGGGUACUUCUACUGCACGAGCAGUCGGAGGGGCCGUUCAUGCUCUGGAAUCCCAUAACCGAAGAGUUGAAGAUCCUCCCUCCCUGCUCAAUUGAGACCCCGCCUACCUGUUCCAGUCCUUCAUACAAGUCUCCUACUAUCGGGCGUGAUCCCACGUCUGGGGAUUUUAAGGUUGUAAGGACAGUUCUGUUUAUGAACGAGGACGAGGAAGGAAAUCUUGUGGACACAACCAUACUGUUUGAGCUAUAUUCUUUGAAGGAAGAUGCAUGGAGGCCCUUGAACCCUCCUAAAAUGGUGACUCCGAGUAAUUUCUAUCGCUCGCUCGGUCUCAAGGGGUGCCACUACUGGGUCAGUUGCGGUAGUAGAAUUGAGGAAGGCAUCGUGUGCUUCAACUUUGAGGAUGAAACAUUUAACUUGUUACCCAUGCCCGUCACUGCUCGUCCCGAUGAGAUGGAAUAUUUGCGUCUUGUAGAGGUUGAUGGUUCACUAGGCGCUUUCUCUUACCCAUUGAUUGGAGAUAGAAAGAGGGUUCACGUGUGGGUGUGGGAUCGGGGGAUGUGGAGUGAAGCGUGGAGUUUUGAUGCAUGUGGGGUCAAGUGUCCGUUGCGUAUCUGGGGCAAGGACAAGUGUUUCGUCGAAGCGACGAAUGGUGACUUGCUUCUUUUUAAUGCUGCCACGGGAGAAUGGGGGGCGGUUGAUCUCGAAGGGUAUUUUCAGAACUUGCUCAUCCCGUACAUCGAGAGCGUAGUGCCUUUCCUUGCUGAUAGAUUUUACAAUGGAAUAAUUGGUGGAAUGGAUGUCCAAGAGAACAUGGUUGGCACGUUCAUUCUUAGGAGAUACACAUUAUAUAUGAGGUGCUUUCUCGUUUUCUAUGGGCUUGUUCACGCUUACGGUUGUGUUCUACAUUUGAAUGCACGUGUGUCUGUGCUUAUGUUUUCUUUAAUGAUGGCUGAGACGCCCCCUCUCAAUCUCACCGCCGUCUGCCCCUGCCGUUGCCACUCCAUCUCACGUUACGACCUCAAUCGGCCGACGGCACCCUCAAGUUCGAAAUAUCGUAAUGGGUUAGAGAUUAUGGAUUGGUCUGUGCAUGUCAUUAACCCUUACUCCGAGCAAGCUACCAAAGAACAAAUCAUCGACUUCCAUGUUAAACUUCUCGCUGAAGUUGUUGGCAGUGAGGAGUUAGCGAAGAAAAAGAUAAGCCAGCAUUACAAACGAGGGUUUGAUUGUGAGUUAGAUGUGGAUGACGCGACCGAAUUAGACGGGUUGCCCAAUGUUAGAUUUGUCUCAUGUGGUUUAACUGGCGGUGGUACAGCCUUUUCUCCAUAGCUCUUACCUAGCUUUUGCUAAUAUUUUCAUUAAGAUACUUCAUUUUGGACUUGUCACCUCCUGAAAUUAGAGCAUAUGUGUUGAAUUGAGUGUUCAUUUGCGAACCUUUUUCCCUUUGGUGUUUGUUUAUUUAUUCGGCAGACUCCUAUAAUUGCUUCUGUAUGCUUUAAUGAUGCUUCCCUGUAAAUCUUUUGUCACAAGAUACAAGGAUCAAUGGUUGAUAAUGUCUAGCCUUAUUCAAGUCCCUUGUUUAUGUUCAACGACUUAAUCGUUGUCUUAUUUCCUCAUUUGUCAUUUAAAAUAUACUUAUUAUUCUAUGCCUUUACAUGAAAAUGUUGAUCUUACACAGUUUCUUCCAAAUUCAAACAAUGGAGAAUCGAGUUUAUGCUUUUCAAGAAGAUUUCGUGAUCUUUUAUAAUUUUUAUAUGGAUACUACAUCAUAUUUUUUCGUGUCUCCUUUUUGCAGUUCGAUUGACUUGACUGAUGUUGAAGGAUCUCGUGAAUGAGAGAAAUGGGAGUGGAAACUAUUUCUAUAAAGGCAAUAUGAAACUAGGAGUCCUCGGAACUGGACCUGGCGCCGAAGUGAUACAUGUUUUGUGACUCUGGGCAUUUGAGUUGUGUUAUUUUGCCUUUUGAAAUCUAACUUUGGUGUUUUAUGUAUUUUGAUGCUUAAGUUAAAUUGGUACAAGUAUACUGUCAUCUGUUACUUUUGUGGUAGUUUAAGUGAAUGUUUGUUUUUUAAUCUCAAGGUUGUAGUAUUAGCUGGCUAUUCAACUAAAAGUGAUUAUGAUUCAACAAUCACAAAUAGCUGAUUGUUCUACUUUGUUCUAUUUUAGAGUUGUAAACAAGUCGAAUUCAAGCUCUUACUCUAGGUCGGGCUUGAGUCGUUAUCUUUGCUCGCUAACUAAUCAAGCUAAUAAACGAGCUUGAGCUCGGUUUGCUGGAUUGAGUAUCAUAUUUGAAUAUGAAAUGCAAAUGCUUGAUCAACAUUUGAUUUAUUUGUGUAGUCUAUAUAGACAAG